CCGUUUCCAUUUACCGGCGCGUCCGCCGGCUGCUGGUUGUGUGAUUCUCGCUCGUUGCCAUCGCGUUCCUUCGCUGAAACGGAACGUGUCCUCGGACGGAUAGAUCGCGUCUCGCGAGAUGAAUCUCCGUCUCGUGGGGAUCACCCUCUUCGCGAUCGUCUACGAUUUUGUGCGGUAUCGUGCGAUCGUUCGACGAAUAAACGGACCCCUUAGUCGUGGCGACAGUGACAAGUUUCCCUCGAUUUUUCACAGUUUGUCUCUUCCGAUCGUAUCCGAUCUUUCAUGAUCUCGUGCGGUUUACGGCCAACAUUCGACCAAGUACGUGACUCGGAUCCCGAAUAAAUUUUCCAAGCUUCCCGGACCAAGCUAAAUUGAGUGCCAUGUAUUUCGUUUUAUCUACAGUGCAAAGAGAGUUUAAGAGUUGAAACUGUCCGUGAAUGAUUCGCCCCUCUGGUGCCGUCCUGAACGCUAUCGGAGAUACGAGGGAGUUUUCCGAGCAAACGUUCGAUUGGUCUUUUACGAAAAAUAACACAACGUACACGAAUCAGGCUCGACAACAUGAACUCUAGCGGGGAAUCAGGCGGCACGAUGACCGAAGACUACGAGGUAACAGGCUGCGGUCCGCCGGAGGAGGAAACAGGUUCGAACUUGCCAGUUUGGGAAGCCGCAGCCGCCUCUCUGACACUGGGCUUCCUCGUUCUGGCGACGGUGUUGGGAAACGCGCUGGUGAUCCUCAGCGUGUUCACUUACAGACCGUUGAGAAUCGUUCAGAACUUCUUCAUCGUUUCUCUCGCGGUGGCGGACCUCGCCGUUGCGAUUCUGGUGAUGCCUUUCAACGUGGCGUACCUUCUUCUAGGAAAAUGGAUCUUCGGUAUACAUCUCUGCAAACUGUGGCUCACCUGCGACGUGUUGUGCUGCACCGCGAGCAUUCUGAAUCUCUGCGCGAUAGCGUUGGACCGGUAUUGGGCUAUCACGGAUCCGAUAAACUAUGCGCAAAAACGCACCCUGAAGAGAGUUCUAGCGACGAUAGCUGGGGUCUGGGUCCUCUCGGGGGCGAUCAGCUCGCCGCCGUUGGCGGGUUGGAACGACUGGCCGGAGGAACUCGAGCCGGGAACGCCUUGUCAGCUAACCAGAAGGCAGGGUUACGUGAUUUACUCGUCGCUCGGUUCUUUCUUUAUACCUCUGCUGCUGAUGAGCCUAGUUUACCUCGAGAUUUUUCUGGCGACGAGAAGGAGACUCCGAGAGAGGGCCAGGCAGAGCAGAUUGGGCGCUGUCCAGUCCACCAGGCAUCGCGAGGUCGACGACGCGGAGGAAUCCGUCAGCUCGGAGACGAAUCAUAACGAGAGAUCGACGCCCCGUGUUCACGCGAAGCCUUCGUUGAUCGACGACGAGCCGACGGAAGUGACGAUAGGUGGAGGAGGUAACGCGACCACGUCCUCGAGACGGAUGGCCGCCGGCGCUAGCGCUCCUGCCACGACCACCACCGUCUAUCAGUUCAUCGAGGAAAGACAGAGGAUCUCCCUGUCGAAGGAGAGACGAGCCGCGAGAACGCUUGGCGUCAUCAUGGGCGUAUUCGUCGUCUGCUGGCUCCCGUUCUUCCUCAUGUACGUCAUCGUGCCGUUCUGUCCGGCUUGCUGUCCCUCCGAUCGAAUGGUCUACUUCAUCACGUGGCUCGGUUACGUCAACAGCGCCCUGAAUCCACUCAUCUACACGAUCUUCAAUCUCGAUUACAGGAGAGCCUUCAGAAGGCUGCUGCGUAUUCGCUGAACAGGCCCGACGGGCGUUUUGUUUAGAAACUGUGGGAAACGCCGGUUCCCGUUCUCGUUGCUGUUUUGUUCGUGCCGGCGCGGCGAUUCCGACCACGGUAACCGUCUCGAUCCGGUCGCGAUCGGUCGACGAACGCGAUCGCGAGUUUGGUUGACUUCCGAGAACGGAGAACUCGCCCGGAUGAUCUCUGUAUACCGGAUACGGUGCAAUUGGAAACGUAGAAAGCUUCCGAUGCGAAAGUUGCACUCUUCGAGAAUGAACCGCGUACCCUUCGCAUCGUCGCAGAGGCUAGAGGCCUACGUAGCAUCGAGCGCACAGAUAUCAACGGGGACUGGUCGAUCCACGGUCCUACGAGGCCAGUUCCUUUUCGACCCGAGAAACCAUCGAGGCGACCUUCGAUCGCGCGGACGUCCGUCGACGAAAUUACGAGGAAACGACAUCCCGGAAAUUUCAAUGGAACGAGUUGUGCGUCGACGCGUAUUUUCUCGGAAACUACGAGGGAAUUGGACAACCCGCGUCGAGAGGGAACUAAACCGAAGAGAUUCGACGAGCGUGUCACGCGUGUAGACUUCCGAUGAAUUUUAAUGACGCGAUUCUCGGGUUCGUUUCUUCGGUAGCAACGAUAACGAGAAAAAACUAGGUACGAAUUCGCGUCGCGUUAAAGAUCAACCCUUUACGGUCAGCGAGCACCGUACGGAGA